UGAUGCUCACAUCUACUGUACGUAACUUCUGUAUAAACAGCUGUUUGGGGCUCAGCUGGGUGUAAAGUGGGGGCCGAGCUGAAAUGUCACCGCGUUCGCGCUAAACACAACAACAGAUCCGCUGGAAACACACGGAACUCUCGUCGUGGCCGUCAGCACCAACAAUCAUGUCGUGCCGGGACAUCCACGCCACCAACGCCUUUUCCUUCAUCAUCGCCUUCGUGUCAGUGGGAGGGCUCGCCGUGGCAACGAUAAUCCCACAGUGGCGCGUGACGAGACUAGUCACCUUCAAUCGCAACGCUAAGAAUAUCAGUGUAUACGAUGGGUUGUGGGCUAAGUGUGUAAAACAGGACGGCUAUUCCGGAUGCUACUACUAUGAUUCUGAGUGGUACUCUAAAGUGGACCAGCUUGAUCUGCGGCUCCUGCAGUUCUGCCUGCCUGCAGGCCUGCUGUUCGGCUCCCUAGCUCUGCUGCUGUGCAUGGCUGGGAUGUGUAAGACCUGCUGCUGCUCAGGAAAGCCUGAACCGGACAUUAAAACUCUCAGAUUCCUGGUCAACAGUGCCGGCUGCCACCUGGUGUCCGGGACGUUUUUGUUCCUGGGUGGUGCCAUCGCCAUCCCCCCCUCAGUGUGGUUCCUGUUCCGCACCAAGGAGCUGAACAUCAGAUAUGACAAUAUUUUCUCAGAUGGGUUUGCUGUAUAUGUAUCAAUAGGUUGCUCUGGAGGACUAAUGCUGGCCGCGCUGCUGAUGUUCAUGUGGUAUUGUAUGUGUAAGAAGUUGCCCUCACCCUUCUGGUUGCCAUUGCCCUCCAUGCAAACUUCUCUGUCCACUCAGCCUCUCACUGCUAACGGAUACCCUCCCUCCCCAGUGUAUGGUCCUCAGCCCUUCCCACCACAGACCUAUCCUCCCACAGUCAUCGACACCCAGCCGUAUGUGACAUCCCAGGGCUACACACAAAGUAUGAUUGCCCCUGCACCCCCACAGGUGUAUAUGUCUCAGAUUUCUGCUCCAGAUGGGUAUGGGUCAGAGGUAGGAGGAACCCAGGCCUACAGCUACGCUCCCUCACAGAGCUACGCUCCCUCACAGAGCUACGCACCCUCGCAGAGUUAUGCACCUUCACAAAGCUACGCCCCUUCUCAGGGCUACGCAUCCAGCUACGCAGGCCACCACUACUCCACCCGCUCACGCAUGUCUGCCAUAGAGAUAGACAUUCCUGUGCUGACACAGGGAGAAUAAGAGAAGAGAAAGCAUCAGCACAUUGAAGCCUUUGGCCCUUUUAACCUCAAUUAGGUUCACCACUGAUAAAAGUAACAGAGUUUGAUAGAUGGAAGUUAAUAAAAUGAGAGCUAUUUACAGACGCUAGAGUGAUAGUUUCAAGAAUUCAGUCAGUCAAUCCAGGUCUGUAAAUUGCUGUGAAUAGAAGAUGAGACCAAGCACCUGAAGGAACUAAAUGAAGGAUGACAUUUUUAGAAGAACAAUACUACAGCACUGUGGCGACCAACACUGUAUUCAUCUUAUUACCAUUGAAAUGGAAGUCAACACCUCAACUAACGUUUUUCACUACUAACACCAGAGUAUGAUCACUGUAUAAUAUCUGCCUUGGCCAACAGACUAACUUAGUAGUUACAAACUAACUAGCAUUUGGUAGAUGACUUUAUAUAAAAUUCCAGUGACCUUUGGAUAAAAAAAGGCCUUUAUGUUUGCUGCCAAAUUUAUAUUUUUCUGUUACAUUUUUAACGUUGAACACAUGGUUCAUGCACAAGUGAUUUGUCCUUGUGUCCACCUAAUGGAGGUCUUCUAUUAUCACUACUGAACAAACACUGUUACUCAGUUUAUAUUCUGUGUUUCUUAACCCUACUACUAACUCACUCACUCGAGUCUUGUCAGUUUUAACAUGAUUUUUUUUUUUAAACGUCACACUGCCCUGAAACGGCCACCUGCUAACGUUUGUAAUGCACUAACUAUGUGAAUACUGUGCCAGUUUACUUUGCCUUUGUUCACCAAUUUUUUUGUAAGGCCUCUAAAAUACUUCAUUGCAGCAUGUGCGUUUCCUACGUGUUUAUGUGAAAAAGAUAAUGUCACUAAAUCUGUAAAUUGUGUUAAAUGUAAUGUACAGAUGCAGAUUGUGAUUACAGUGUAGAGUUGUGUUUGAAUGCCAGAAUCGGGAAUGAGACUACGGUUAAUUUUCUUAACGUGACCGAUUAUUAUUAACUGAAUAACUGUUAAAAAUGAUUUUUGUACCAUUAAACAUCUGCUAACUUAGCUGGAAGUGUGAUGUUGUUCAGGUAGUUGCGAUUGUAACUGUCAGUUCAGUCGUUGCCUUUUGUUUGUUUUGCUUAAUGAGCACUGAUCAAUUGUUCUUCAAAGUGUAAUGUGUCCAACGUCUUAAUCUGCAAUGUUAAGGUUCAUGAUAUUGUGAAAUGUUUUUCUAUACUGUCAUAGUUUUGUUUUAAUUAAAAUAUAAAUCACAAUGCA